UGUACAUUUUUUGUCAUGGCGACUGAUAAAGCCACUUCGAUAGAGCUAUUGAGUUCCAUAAUAGUUAUUAUAAAACUCAAUGGACAGAGCAAAUAGGGAGCCGAAUUUCAAUUUUGGUCUUCAACAGUUAAAACGUUUUUAAUCGUAAGAGAAUGAUCUUAUCAAGGACAAAGCCGGCCAUGGGCCCUGGUUCUAGUGGUGCAACUCGAGAAAGCAAAUCAAAGAAAAAGAUGCCAGAGCUUGAAGAAUUUUUGCAGAACCGCGAUUUCACUGGUGCGCGAACUUUACUGGAGUUUGCAAGAAAUUCUGGUAAAGCGGAUGAAAGAAAUGGUCUUUGGAGUGCUUAUUGUGCUUUUCAUUUGGGAGACUACAAAGCUGCCUUGCAGGAAUACGAACAAUUGUCGAAGAGCGAUUCAGUACCAUCAGAUAUCUGGAUGAAUAUCGCAUGCUGUUAUUUCUUUUUGGGAAUGUACAAAGAAGCAGAUGAAGCUGCGUUAAAAGGACCUAGCAGUCGUGGUCAAAACCGUCUUCUUUUCCAUCUCUCACACAAGUUUAAUGAUGAAAAGAGAUUGAUGAGCUACCAUCAACAAUUACAAGAUAUCAUUGAAGACCAGUUGAGCUUGGCAUCAAUUCAUUAUCUUCGUAGCCAUUACCAAGAGGCAAUUGAUAUAUACAAAAGAAUUUUGCUGGAUAAUCGUGAUUAUUUUGCCUUGAAUUGUUACGUCGCAUUGUGUUAUUACAAACUGGACUAUUAUGAUGUAUCGCAAGAGGUUUUGGCCGUUUAUCUGCAGCAUUAUCCAGACAGUGCCAUUGCUGUUAACCUAAAAGCCUGCAACCACUUUCGUCUUUACAAUGGAAAAGCUGCUGAGGCCGAGCUGAAAACGCUUCAGGAACUUGCGACUCCAUCGUUUGAGUUUGCCAAAGACUUGAUGAAGCAUAACUUGGUGGUAUUUCGUGGUGGAGAAGGAGCUUUGCAAGUUCUUCCUCCUUUAGUUGAUGUCAUUCCUGAAGCAAGGUUAAAUCUUGUCAUUUACUAUCUAAAGCAAGAUGAUAUUUUGGAAGCUUACAACCUCAUAAAAGAUUUGGAACCUUCGGUACCUCCAGAAUACAUUUUGAAAGGUGUGGUCAACGCUGCGUUGGGACAAGAUCAAGGCUCUAGAGAGCAUUUAAAGAUAGCUCAACAAUAUUUUCAACUUGUUGGUGGAUCAGCGAGCGAAUGUGACACCAUUCCUGGUCGACAAUGCAUGGCGUCUUGUUUCUUUUUACUGAAGCAAUUCGAAGAUGUCCUAAUAUAUUUGAACUCGGUUAAGAGUUAUUUUUACAACGAUGAUGCGUUCAACUUUAACUACGCUCAAGCAAAAGCGGCAACAAGUAAUUUCAAAGAAGCUGAGGAGGGUUUUUUGCUAAUUCAGUCAGAGAAACUCAAGAAUGAUUACACGUACUUAAGUUGGUUGGCCAGAUGCUACAUUAUGAACCAAAAAGCAAGAUUAGCUUGGGAAUUGUACCUGAAAAUGGAGACUUCUGGUGAAUCAUUUAGCCUCCUCCAACUGAUUGCCAACGACUGUUACAAGAUGGGUCAUUUUUAUUAUGCUGCAAAGGCCUUUGACGUUCUCGAAAGGUUAGAUCCCAAUCCUGAAUACUGGGAAGGCAAACGUGGCGCGUGCGUGGGUAUAUUUCAACAAAUUAUUGCUGGGCACGAGCCAAGGGAAACAUUACGCGAUGUGUUACAGCUGUUACGUAGUACUGGUAACCCUCAAGUGGAAUAUAUCGUCCGCACUAUGAAGAAGUGGGCUAAAGAAAAUAGGGUUCCCGUUUCAUGAUGUAGAUGGUUGUUUAUAUAUUUGUGUUUUGUUAAGUAUAAACAGGGUAGUGGAUAUGUCAUGGUUAACAAAACAUUGCGUUGAAUAAUAUAUACAUUUAAAUAAGUUGAACAUGAUUGGCAUUUUUCUCAUAUUCAAUUGACAGAUGCGGCUGGUAAGGGCAAGUGAUACGUUUUUACUUUUAAAAAGCGUCAUAAGAUAAGCCCUUUCUAUCUCAUUUGAGCGUCAUUCGUCAAUUUAUUGCCAUUAUUUUGUGAUUUAAGGCUUUCAUUUCCUAACACGUUGUCCUUUAAA